CUUGUUACUGCGCAUGCGUUCACAUGUUUUUUCUUCUGGGUUUAACAUUUCUCUCUGGUGAGUGAGUGUAACUUUAUGGCCAGAUACAUGAGGCCUCCAAACACGUCUUUGUUUGUUAGGAACAUCUCCGAUGAGUCCAGAAAAUGUAAAAGCAUCCAGUUGUGGAACCGGCCACAAAGAGUUACAAAGACCCGUGUAGAGUAGCUGUAAAGACAAGUGACCUUCAGGAUCAGAGGGAGGGAAAAGGUUGAAAAGAGAAAGUAAAGCAUGAAGAGGAAAAGGGCACGGAGACAAAGCUUGGAAAUGGCGGCAAAGAAUGGGGAAAAGAAAAAGAGGUUUAAGACGAAAAAGCAAGCAAGCAAGCAGGAAACCCAAGUCUCUCUGGGAGUCGAUUAAAGGGUGUAAAGAUCAAGAUGAAGUUCAAAGUCAAGCACGGGCAAAGCAUGUUUGAAGAUGUGCGCGACGCAGAGGAUGCUCUUCACAGCCUGGACAGGAAGUGGGUUUGUGGCCGGCAGAUUGAGAUCCAGUUUGCACAGGGCGACAGAAAGACACCGAACCAGAUGAAGGCGAAGGAGAGACGUUCUCCGGGCAGAUCCUCUCGAUACGACGACUACGACCGCGACGGCCGACGCAGACGCUCACGCAGCCGCAGCUACGACCGAUACAGGUCACGCAGCCCGUCCUGUGACCGCCGCCGCAGACGGUCGGAGAGUCCCAGAGAGUCUCGUGGACGAAUGUACGGAAGAGGAAGAAGCAGGAGCCGCGAGGACGAAAGAUACAAGCAGAGGCCUCGGAGAGAGUCCAGAGAAAGGUCGAGAUCCUGCUCCAGAUCGGCGUCUCCCAGAGACGCCCUCAACCCUCCGUCGACGUCCCACUACACCGAGGAAGAAGUGAGGCGAGUCCACUCCCCGUCCCGCUCCAGGUCCCGCUCCGUGUCCAGGUCACGCUCUCGUUCACGUUCCCGGUCCUGGGCCGGACACAAGUCGGGAGGACGUUAAAUCAGACCCUGUCCCUGUCCCACCCCCACCCCCGCCCCCCUCCACCCAUCUCUAACCCUGGUAAUGUCAGAUGGACCGGAGCUGUUCAUUUGUCGAGAGAAGAUUUGUUUGUUUGACAUGAAUGUAACGUCCGCUGAACCAUUUGUAGAAAGCUUGUUUUUUGCUGCCGGUCCUUGGCUCGGUUUUAUAUAUAUAUAAAAAAAAAAGAAAGAAGUUGUUUUGGUGAAGUUUCCCAUUAGGAACAGAGACGGCGGUUUUUGCGUUCAGUGGUGGCCUGUCAGGAAAACGAUAUAUUGUCUUUUUUAUACGGCGUUACUGAUAACUUUGUUUUCUAAACCCUAUGCACCCAUUUUUACAAACACACACACACACGUUCAGUAUUUUAAGAAAAGAAUCCGUCGAAUCAUAAACUCGUUGCUUUACCUGCUGACGUUUCUCACCGCUGCUUUUCAACUGGCGUCCGUUCAUUUCUCUACACGAGGAGCGAGUAGCUCCAGAUCAAUACCGAAUCAUUGCACGGUGGUGAGGUUCUGAGUUUUACCCUCUGAAAAACGAGAGCCGGUGGCUUCCAGGAAGACACGGCGACGGGAAACACGAGCGCUAACGGGUGCUAACGUGCUAACGCGCACAUGUGACGAUCCUUUAAAAAAGUGUUAAAAACGUUUGAGUUAAAACAGACGGUAAUGUGUGCGGUAGUUUUUGUUUUUUUUAUUUCUGUGGUGAUUUUCUGUGAGACUUCAUUUAAACAUUUGUCCGAACAUCUGCUCUGAGAGGUGUUCACUGCAUGUUUUACCCUCUUCUAUCUUUAGUAGGAAGAAAACUGUUAUUUUGAGUAAUAAAUGGUUAACAUUCAAACGGAAA